GGGGGUGGAAAUGGGGAAUUUUGGUGCCCUGCGGGUGGAUUGAUUUAUGAGAAUUAUGGGUUUUGAUCGAUGCUACCUGUCUCUUUUGUGAUCCUAGCGAUAUGCGGUGUGGUUGUAGUAUAUACUGAUCUUACAUGUUAGUUCAUCUCCCCGAUUUUACCAGCUAGAUUUACUAUAUGUCACCGAUUUAUUCGUGAUUUACUAUCAGUUGGCAUCAGAACUUUUUGGCUGCAAAUCGAUAGAGCAAUUCCAGAUUGAGAACGAUUGGGAGUUCGAAGCAAUAUAAUUGUGAUGCGAUGAAUUGCGUAUGGAAUAGCAUAUCCAGCACUAUGUUCAGAAUUCUCUAUAUUUUGAUUUGAUCCAAUAACAAUAAUAAGAUACUAUAUAUUUUCAUUCGUGGUCUCGGUACAGUACCUAGUGGACAUUAAGAAUAAAUGUCAGAUGCUAGUUUGUUGUGUGGUAGGAAGAAUCUGUGGCCUUUGAGUGUGUUUUGGUUUUGGAAUGUCUUGAUACUGGUCUACCUAACUGCUGCUUUCUUCCUUCACACAGUUUCACCCACUGUAGUUACUUAGUCAGCUCCUUACAAUUUGCGCCUUCAAUUAUAAGCAAGCUUCUUAUUUGUUCUUUUUAGCUUUCUUAUUGUGAAUAGUGAAGUGGGUGCUUUCUGGAUGUUGAUGUUCCCACCUGGAAGUAUUUAGGAAUGGCAUGAGGGACUUCUUAUCUAGGUACUGUGGGGUUGCAAGGUUUGUGUCACAGGAAUUAACCCAUAGCAUUUGGGUGAUCAAAAUGGUGGCAUAUUGAUUCCUUUUAUUCAAGCAGUAUUUUUUUCGAACGCACAUUAUUCAAGCAAUAUGGGAGCUAAUUGUUGCAUAGCUGCAAAGGAGAGGACACAGCCAUGUGUGACUCCAGUAGAAGUUUCAGCAUACAGGAAUGUAAGACACUCACCAUCAUGGAGCUUCCGAUGGGACAACCGAACACACAUAGAAGACAUAAUGGAACUACCUACGUUGUUUUCCAACCAUAGUAGUGGAAGCAUGCGGCCUGAAACAAAGAGUGGUUCCAUUGCACCAACUGAAGGCUUUUCUAAUGGAAAUAGCCCUUCUGAUGUGUUUCAUAGGGCAAAGUGGCACAAAUCUGACAAGAAAGUGGAAACAUCUAAGGUUACAAAAGCUGAUCCCCAAGCUGAUUGUUCUACAGCAAGUAAUUCUUCCCCUGAGGCAAAGCUUUCCAGGAAAUCACUGGACAUGUUAAGUGUUGCUUCAGAUUCGAAGACAUCACUAUCUGUUCCUUCAAUGCCACCCUUAGUAUCCAGAGCAGGGGCUUCAUCCUCCAGGGGUCAUUCUCAGCCAACCGACUCAGAAUCAAUGAAGAAAGCACGACAAUCACCAGGGUAUCAAUUGUAUAGACAGGUCACGGACAGCAAAAUUCCAUCUCUCAGAUCUCUCAAUGAGAUCAGCUCUCCUGAAGGAAGGCCAUCCUCCUCCAUGCUGUCAGUCUGCAGCAAUGAUUUAUCAGCUGCAGGAUCCCAUGGUGAGUCAUCUGAUGGCUGGUCAAUGCGCACAUUUUCUGAAAUGGUUGUGACAUCCCAAAGAGAGAGGUGGUCACUAGACAGUGAGCUAUUAGGUUCCAUUUCCAGUAAAAUGACUAGAUCAAGUGCUUCAAAUCCUACUACCCUCCCCCCUGACCAAGAGGUGUGCAAGCUGUGUUUAAAGUUGUUAAAGGAAAGGUCGACGUGGAAUGCUCAGGAGCUGGCUGUUGUAGCUGUUUUAUUGUGUGGCCAUGUCUACCAUGCUGACUGUUUGGAUAGCAUAACUACCGAAGCUGACAAAUAUGAUCCUCCAUGCCCUGUAUGCACGCAUGGUGGGAAAUGUACAGUGAAGCUAUUUGGGAAGCUGGAAUCAAAGAUUAAGAACAAGGUACCAAAAAAUGUGAUAGUUGAUAUUGAUCUAGAUGGGAACAAUAAGAACCAGAAGAAAAGUAGAAGAGAACCCAGGUUAGGGACAAGUUCUAGUAUGAGGGUCCCAUUUAGUCGGCCAUCUUUGAGGAGGCAUUUCUCAAUUGUUUCUCGACGACUGCGAUCGGCCUCAGAGAGUGAGUCAGCGAGAAAGAAGGGCUUUUGGACGAGGCACUGGAAAGAGUAACCUAGCUCACGAUCAUUGUAAGGAAGGAUUUUUAAGAGGAGGUGAACUCCCAAGCAUGCAUGGUGAUGGAUACUCCGGUCAAUGUCAAACUGGUGCCAGGGCUGUCGAACAACCACCAUAUUGGAAUCGGAAGUUCGUCGCUGCCAUCAUAUUCAGAGAGGCAGGCACCACCCCGUGCGAUCACAGGGCUCAGGGUAGUAUAAUAACGUCUCAUAUACCAUGCGACAGUAGACCCAGGUUGCAGUUUUUAGUUAUAGUAGCAAGUAGUCUAACAGAAGGUUUGGCCUUAAGGAAGUAAGGCCCAGUGUUGGGUUGCAAGGUUAUAACCCCAGCAUGCUAGGUUAUUAUUGUAUUCGCAGUUGUUUUGUAUGAUUGCUUAUGGCACUCGUUGUUUGAUCGCAUGCUUGUUGCUGAGAGAUGCUAUUUUCCGAUGGGACAGAUUCCCUCACGGAGGAGCGCACGUACCGAAUAACUAUGGUUAUGUGCUGAUUUUAUAGUUACAAAAGUGCGUCUGGAAUCUGGAUGUUGGGUCAUAUAUACAAUCAAGAGAAUUUAUCCCACU